GUCCUGUCAGCGUUACUUAAGCGUCGAGUUAUUUAACAGCGAAACUGUAUCUUCGCUAUCUAGGCGUUAUAACACACCCGUGCGUGUGUGUUGGAUGAAUAAAUUCAGUGCUCCAUCUUUUCUGGGUGUUCAGUCGCUUUCUACAUUUUAACGGUCAACCGCGGACAGUUUAAGAUGCUUAAAGCCAUCGGUCAAACUCUGUUUUCCUCUGGACUCCAAAACCCAAAAUACACAGCUCAGGAGAGUAAGGGUGACAGCUAUGAGGUUCGCACUUACCAAGCAACAAACUGGGUGAGCACAGCUGUAACUGGCAUGGAGCAGGACCCAGCCAUGAGCACAGGCUUCAGAAGACUCUUCAAAUACAUUCAGGGCAGUAAUGAAAAGAAGAGUAAGGUGGAAAUGACGACACCGGUGAGUUGUUUGAUUGACCCUGGAGCGGGACCCGCAUGUGAAAGCACCUUUACUGUGUCCUUUUACAUCCCUGAGGAACAUCAGGCUGACCCUCCCAAACCCACUGACCCAGAUGUGUUCAUCGAGAACAGAAAAGAGUUUACUGCGUUCGUCAGGACCUUUGGUGGCUUUGCUAACAGUGAGAGCUGCCGUGAGGAGCUUCUCAAGCUCAUUGAGAGCCUCAAGAGCGAUGGCAUGAAAUUUAAAGAGGCGCCAUUUUACCGAGCAGGAUACGACAGUCCCUUCAAACUCACCGGCCGCAGGAACGAAGUCUGGCUCAUCAAAGAUGAGGAGUAAAUCUCCUAUUGAUUAAAUGGUCAUCUCGCCUUAUGAUGAUGUGAAUGAAGCAGAGGUCAAUUUGUCUGUCUGAACUUGAAUUUCCUCAUCUACUCGCACUCAAGUGGUUCUAACCAUUGAUGAAUGUCUUUCUUCAGUUGAACCCAAAACAAGCUAUUCCGAAGAACCAACAGCCAUUGACAUCCAGAGUAGGAACAAACAUAUACUAUGGAUGUCAGUAGGUGCUACUUUCCAAUAUUUUAUUUCCAAUAUCUCCUUUUGUGUUCCACAGAAGACAGAAAGUCAGCUUUGGAACAAAUGUAGGAUGAGUAAAUGAGAGCAGAACUAUCCUUUUAACAAUAGUUAAUAUCAUGUAGAUUCAUGUUUACCUUGUGCCGUAAGUGCCUGGAUGUUUUUAUAUGACAAUUGACAUUGUAUUGCUAACAUAAGUGACCAAUAUAUUUUUUCAAUCUACAGUAAAUCUAAAAUUAACCAUGAAAUCAUGCCAAAAGCAUGUUGAAUUAAUUUCUUAUUGACCGUCAAACUGAAUUAUUUCUUCAAUCCAGCUGUUUGCAGUGGAAAAAAAAACCCUUUUUGUUACUAAUAAUGUAUAGAAGUGCUUAGAUAAUGCUUGUUUGAAAUACUUCAUGAUGGCUGAAUUACUGACACUAUUAAUGGUUUGAAAUAUGAGUGUAUAAUUUUACCUGUAUAUUUACCUGUUCAUACAUUGCACUGUGUUGAAAUUCAAAAUGUAAGGGAACAAUAGCAGACUAAUUUGACAAAAUGUUCUGUACAUUGUCGUUUUGUUACUGAAAUAACGUACAGGACAUGCUUUUUUAAGGCUUGUAACUUCUGGCCCUCUAGCGGUUAAAAAUAAAAGUACACGUGUCUUGAAGAA